GUGAUUUAAACAUAACCCUAACCUUAACUUCUAAUCGUAACCACACUGCUAAUUCUAAACCUAACUCUAACCUUAAAUUAAAAGCAAAAAGCAGAUUUUUUUUUUGUUUUCAAGAAUGUUUACCAUAGCCAAUUUAGACUUUGUCGAUGUGUUAACUAGUGACAACCAAGCAGAGGAGGGAGGGGCGCUGUACUACACGAACUUUAUCCAUAACCCCGGGAAAACAACAGAACCAUUCAGCAGAGAAUCCUGAGCGAGGUGUAGUGGAACGUGGAGACAGCGGCACAACAUUGGACUAUAGUGGUACCAUUUGCUUCUAGCGCAAUGGUUCUCCCAAUAAGAUAUAUUCCAAUUCAUGUGGCACUUUUUUGUUUGCUAGAAUGGACUCCUAUAUCAGCCUUCAACCUGGAUACCUUGAAUGUCCUGAGGAAAGACGGGGAACCGGGCAGUUUAUUUGGAUUCUCUCUAGCCAUGCACCGGCAACUUAUUCCUUCAGAUAAGAGAAUACUGUUGAUUGGAGCACCAAGAGCCAAAGCUCUGGCCAACCAGAGAGCCAACAUAACCGGAGGCCUGUACAGUUGUGACAUCACCACAGAAUCCGAUGACUGUGAUCGCAUCGAUUUUGACAAUGAAGAGGAUGUGAGAGUUGAGAACAAGGAGAACCAGUGGAUGGGGGUGACAGUUAACAGCCAGGGCCCCGGAGGGAAGAUUGUGACCUGUGCUCAUCGCUACCAGAGACGUCUGUUUGUGGACACUGCUCAGGAGUCCCGUGACAUCACAGGCCGCUGCUACGUCCUGAGUCAGGACCUCACUAUUGAUACGUCCUCUGAUGAAGACGGAGGGAACUGGAAGUUCUGUGAGGGACGUGCCAGAGGCCAUGAGAGGUUUGGCUCAUGCCAGCAGGGUCUUGCUGCCACAUUCACCAAGGACUACCAUUACGUGGUGUUUGGAGCGCCUGGCGCCUACAACUGGAAAGGCAUUGUACGUGUAGAGCAAAAGAACAACACUUUGUUGGAAAAGGGAUUUUAUGAUGACGGACCUUAUGAAGUUGGAGAUGAGAACCGCUUGGAUCCUGACCUGGUGCCUGUGCCUGCUAACAGCUACCUAGGAUUUUCCCUUGAUUCUGGCUUUAGCAUCACCAAGGGGCAUGGCCUAACUAUUGUGUCUGGAGCACCACGAGCCAAUCACUGUGGGGCUGUGGUCCUGUUGCGAAAAGAGAAUGAAGCGUCAGCAAGACUCUCCCCAGAGUACAUUCUAGAAGGGCCUGGACUGGCAUCGUCUUUUGGAUAUGAUGUAGCUGUGGUCGACCUGAAUGGAGAUGGGUGGCAGGAUAUUGUUGUGGGAGCCCCUCAGUUCUUCAUGAAAGAGGGAGACAUUGGAGGAGCUGUUUAUGUCUACAUCAACCAGGCAGGAAAGUGGGCCAAGAUCACCCCAAUCCGCCUCAAUGGAACCAAAGACUCAAUGUUUGGGCUGGCAGUGGAGAACAUCGGUGACAUCAAUCAGGACUCCUAUCAAGACAUUGCUGUUGGAGCGCCCUACGCUGACGCUGGUGCAGGAAAAGUGUACAUUUACCAUGGUUCUGCUAAUGGAAUCAACACCAUGCCUGCACAGAUCCUUGAGGGAAAGCCCAACAACAUCAGAUUAUUUGGAUAUUCUCUGGCUGGGAACAUGGACUUAGAUAAGAAUUCCUAUCCUGAUAUAGCCAUUGGGUCGCUCUCAGAUACAGUACUCGUUUACAGGGCAAGGCCAAUUAUUAGUAUCAAGAAGGAUGUCAAAAUUACUCCGAAGGAAAUUGACUUCACAAAGAAAACCUGUGGCAACAGUAUCUGUUUGACCGUGGAAGCAUGCUUCACCUAUAAAGCAAACCCUGCAUCCUACAGCCCAAAACUAACUAUCCGCUAUGCAUUUGAGGCUGAAGCAGAUCGCAGGAAGCAAGGGCUGAUCUCUAGGGUCCUGUUUCUGAACAAGUCUCGCACCGACCAGGACUUCCAGUCCACCGGAUUUCUGGACCUCCGGGGACAAAACAAAAGAGCGUGUACCAAGACAAAAAUCAGACUGCAGGAUAACAUUAGGGACAAGCUGCGUGGUAUUCCCAUUGAGGUGUCAGUGGGAAUCCAGGGUACCAAGCGUCAGAAGAGGCAGAACGCUCUCCCCCAGCUUGUGCCUAUUCUUGACCACUCCCAGCCAAGCAAGGUCGUCACUGAGGUUAACUUCUUAAAGGAAGGAUGUGGAACUGAUAAUAUUUGCCAGAGUAAUUUACAACUGGAGUACAGAUUCUGCUCCAAAGAGCCCAACCAAGAGGUGUUCCCCCCGUUACAGAUGCAGAAUGGGCUACCAGUGAUCUCCCUCAGUGAUCAGAAGGACAUAGCUCUGGAGGUGACAGUGAAGAACAGAAAUGGGGAUGAUGCCCAUGAGGCUAAGCUGGUGGGGAUGUUCCCUAAUGCUCUCUCAUUCUCCGGCUUUCGCUCUCAGAAAACUACGAGGGAUAAACCGGUGCUUUGUUUAGCCAAUCAGAAUGGCUCCCAGACAGAGUGUGAACUGGGGAAUCCAUUCAAAAGAGAUUCAGAGGUUACUUUCUACAUAAUCUUGAGCACUGCUGGUAUCUCUCUCAAUACCACCGAAAUCGACAUUGACCUUGAGCUUCAAACGACCAGUACACAGGAAAGAACGGGCAGUCUGAAAGCAAGGGCAAAAGUAGUGAUUGAGAUGUUACUUUCUGUUGCAGGAGUUGCGAGACCUUCCCAGGUGUAUUUUGGGGGCGAUGUGCAAGGAGAGAGUGCCAUCAAGACAGAAGAGGAGAUCGGCAGUUUGAUCGAUUAUGAAUUUAGGAUAAUCAAUUUGGGUAAGCCGUUGAAGUCCUUUGGCACAGCCUCGUUGAACAUUCAGUGGCCCAAAGAGAAUGUGGAUGGGAAGUGGCUGUUAUAUCUGGUUAAGAUCAGCACCACUGGCCUGGAAGAGAUCCCCUGCUCCCCAGAAACUGAGAUCAACUCUCUCAAACACAUUCAGGAGUCUAGCACAUCUAGGAAAAAGCGUGAAGCUGGAGGCAAAACAUCUGGAGGCAAAAUCUCUUUGGUAUCAGACCAAAGAAAGCACAAGAUUUUGAUGUGUGGCAAUGGCUAUGACUCUAGAUGUGUGGUGAUCAAGUGCCCUCUACUGGGCUUGGACAGUAGUGCAGUGAUUUCUCUAAGGUCCCGUCUGUGGAAUGCUACCUUCCUUGAGAAUUACGCGUCUUUGAACUAUCUUGAUAUAAUUGUGAAAGCUUCCAUCAGCCUUGAUGCUCCUGCAAAGAAUAUGGUCCUCAGGAAUGCUGAGACUCAGGUGAGAGUCACAGUGUUUCCGGAGAAGGCAGUAGCCCAGUUUGGUGGAGUCCCAUGGUGGAUCAUCCUCGUGGCUGUCCUGGCUGGUAUUCUGAUGUUGGCGUUGCUAGUGUUUCUACUCUGGAAGUGUGGAUUUUUCAAACGCUCAAAGCAUGAUGACAGCGUUCCAAGAUACCAUGCCGUACGGAUCAAGAAGGAGGCUUGUCAGUUUAAAGACGGAAAAGCCAAGCUGGAUUCCUUUGAGAAAAAGCAGUGGAUGACAAGCUGGAAUGAGAACGAGAGCUACUCAUGAGACACUUGACUGUUGGGAUACGGUCAGAUACAAUAUCCUAUUUUUCUAAACAUCCAAUGACUGCAUUUUGGGAAGCAAACUACAAAAUAAACGUUUUCUAUUCUCCCCAAGGACUCUCAGAUGGAAAUCUAUCCUGUGUUGCAUCUGAGGAAAUUAGAAGCAUCGCGUCUUACAUUUGGGUAGAAAAAGGAAAUUGGGACUUUGAAAUCCAUUAUCUGCCACUGAUAAAUUUUUUUAAUGACAUGAUGAAUUGAGUUUCAAUCUCCAAUGUUUAGCUGUAGAUAAUCUUUCUGCUGUGUUCUUUUGCAGUCAGUUUUAUCCAAUCUCCAUAUUGUAUAAUCCCUGCAAUGAAUUGACUGGAACAUUCUGUAUGUUUUGUAUAUAUUUAAAUACUUUAGCACACUGUAUAUUUAUUUUUGUCAUUAUCUGUAUAAAAAAAAAACAGAUAUGCAUUGGCCAAAGUCUUUUUACAUUUUUUUUUAUCCCAAGUUACUUUUCAGUAUAAUAAGUAAGGGUAAAUGGUACUGCUGAUUUUCUAGUGCUGCACAGACUUAAAAGUAGCUACAGGUAUUAUGUGAAUAAUAUUGUAAUUGGGACUCAUUCUUUGCACUUUGAUUAUUCAAAAAAAGGUAUGUCAUUUCUACACAAGUCAAACAGGUACAAAGUUUAUGCAAUGCCUCUCAAUUCCCGAAUUAGAAAAGAAUAGCACCUUUAUGAAUAUUUCUAAGACAGUUAUGUCAGUUAUGAGUUUGAGAUAUUUAACUGAUUCCCACCAAACCUCUGUUUAUCCAAUACAGUGCCCCUGUCAAAGCCAUUUCAUAUACGCAAAUACUGUACUGGGUGAUACUUCAGUAGCAUGCAGCUGGGAAAACUGGAGCUUGAAAGAAGCAGUAAAAUGCAGUUUAUUGUUUCGCUAAUUUUAUUUGAGCAUUCCUGAGUAAGAAGGAAGGCACUCAGUAAUGGUAUUUGUUAUGUGUGUCUUGAAGGUUGAGAUGCCACCUGACAUAAGAAUCAUAAUACAAACCCCCAAAAUGCCGACUUCGGAAAGUGAUCUUCUUGAUGAAUGCUGUCUGUAGGCCUAACAGACUUCAUUUGAUACGGAAGCUAUUCAAAGGGUAAUUGCUGUGGAAUGGUGAUCAAUGAGAAGCAUUAGGUGCUUUCACACUGCACCUUAGCUCAGGGUUAACAAAUGUUUGUGUGAACACCGACUAAGCUAGCCCAGGGCCAGUCUAGCCUGGGGCUAAGAACAAUGCAGUGUGAAAAGGCCUAUUUUGUACUAGGCCUACCUAAAACAUGCUUUGAAGAAAAAAAAAAUGUAAGUCUCAUCACUGGCUCGUCAUUCAUUCCUCUAGUCAGAUGUUUUGAAUACUGUGUUUUGUGACAAAUUGCAAUAAAAACAGAAUAAAUGGCUCAAA